AUGCGUGCGCUGUACGAAGCACAGCGUCGAGCUCACGAGACCGUCCUGGCGUUGCAGGCCCAGAUCGAAGACGAGGAAGCCAUGUACCUGGACGAGACGCCACAUGGCAACAUCAUUCGUGGCUGGGACGGGUUCAUCGACUCGAAACAGCCUCGUAAAGACACGAGUGUCCGAAAACUUCGACCGUACACCGAGUCGGAGCACCUCUUUUCCAGCAGCUGCUUCUACGCUAGCAUGGCCAGUGAGCCGAGCCUGGACGACGUUGCCGACAUUUAUGGCACGUCGAAGGACGAGAGUGGCCAUUUGCGCAAACUGACCGUGACGUUGUCCAUGGGGAAGGGAACUGGCGUCUCUGGAAGUAUCAGUGGUGUAGUGGACAGUACCGCCAGUGCAGUCAAUACGACGACGGCCAGUGGUGACCGUUCUCACGCUGAUGGUUUGAUGCACAAGACAGGCAAGACUGUCGCGCAUGUUGCAACGGAGAAAGGAGGAGGAGCAGCAGCAGCAGCUUUGAGUUAUCGACAGAGCAAAGCAUCUAAAUUGAAAAAGAGAAAGAGAGAAGUAGAGACGGACGCUUCUGCGUUUGCUGCUGCUGCUGCUGUCGUUGGGAGUUUACAGAAAACGGCAGUGACUGCUGAUGUGAUCACGGGUGCAGCUUCGGCUGGAACAACGGCUGUACCGCAUGAACCACCGGCGAGUGAUUUUCUCGAUGUGCUGUGA